GGAAGUAGGUGCCGAGGCUUCCGGAUUCUCUCUCUCCAAUCGAAGUCGCGGUUCGGUCGGGCUGAUAGUGUUCGCGCUUCUCUGUUAUGGCCGCGGCCGUCGCUAUGGAGACAGAUGAUGCUGGAAAUCGACUUCGGUUUCAGUUGGAGUUGGAAUUUGUGCAAUGUUUAGCGAACCCAAAUUACCUUAAUUUUCUUGCCCAAAGAGGUUACUUCAAAGACAAAGCUUUUGUUAAUUAUCUUAAGUACUUGCUUUACUGGAAAGAACCAGAAUAUGCCAAAUAUCUAAAGUACCCUCAGUGUUUACAUAUGUUAGAACUGCUCCAAUAUGAACACUUUCGAAAGGAGCUGGUGAACGCUCAGUGUGCGAAAUUCAUCGAUGAACAGCAGAUUCUACACUGGCAGCACUAUUCGAGGAAGCGGAUGCGUCUUCAGCAAGCCCUGGCAGAGCAGCAACAGCAGAAUAACACAGCAGGAAAAUGAAGAGCUGGGACAGACCAGGCUCUUAGGACAUGUAUAUAAUGUAUUGCUAUUGUACAGUACAGAGAAAAAGACUCUUCUGCCCCAUUAGUGUUCAGAACCUUUAUGUUUUGGUUUGCAAACUUUUUGUUAAUAGAUUAUUUCUAUUAAACCAGGACUGCUCUAC